UGAAUUUUUAACAUAAUUACGUACAGAGAAUCUUCGUAUAGAUAGGCCGACACUCGGAUGGUCUGGUGAUCAGUGUAAUUGGGAGGCAUAUAUACGAUCGUGUAUAGUAGAGCCUUGCUAGGCGGCGCGAUGAAACCGGAUUGUGUGAUCGUGUAUUGCCCUAGAGACGGCAUGUCGUAUAGGGCACAGGUACUGCAAAGGAUGUCAGAUAGCCUACGCGUACGGCUGGUUGGUGCACCGAGUGAACCAUUCGUCGUGAGCUACACAGGGGAGUCCAAUGACUCCGGAUUUGUCCUAAAAACGCAGACAAAGGGGCAGCCAUUCGAGAUAGUACGAUGCGGUUAUUGCAACAGCGGGAAGAGUGACGAUAAAUUGGUGCUACGUGUCUGUCCGACGUGUAAAAUGGCUAAGCACCAGAGUUGCGAGGAGAGGGCGAACAACGCCCUCAGGAUGCCUGCUUUCGAGGAAUGCCUGUCGUGCUUUAUCGGGAAUUCCGACGAUAGCGAAGGCUAACACGUGCGUGUGGUACAUACAAGAGUCCAAUGCGAUACACGAGGAGUCUGUCGUACUAGCACUGAUGCAUUGGUGUGGCAACUCAAGACGGGUGGUUUCACAAGCCGUGUAGCUAUAUACUGUGUACGCGCUGAGUAUCAUGUUUAAUUGUCUCUGCUCUGCGGCUAAUGCUUCGGUGUGUGUGCAGUGUGGUGAAUAACAAGGCUAAACACGCAUCAUUUCACUUGGUUGGCGUUGUAGCGCAACCGGUUCCUUACUAUCGGCAAAAAGAUAUCGGAUUUUGUCAACCGUCACCAACAUGGCUCCAUUUGCCGGGAUGGCCCUGCAGUGCACAAAAGGAAUAGACGAAAAGAAUAGCGUCAGGACAGAAGAUGCGCACAAGGUAGUGUUAAAACUCAGGGUUACACUCGAACACAUGCCUGCAUAUACUGUGCAAAUGUACAGAUUCUAUGCGCUUCUGUGUGUCUGUGUAGAUCGCCUCAGGCGAAUGCCAUGCAACAGCACAAGUGAACGUUCAUAACAUCCAGGGACCAAAUGAAGCAACCGCC